UGCUCUUGCUGAAAUCCUAAUGGGGCUCUGAUGGGAUAUAAGGCUUGCAUUAACAAACGCUUUUAAGAGGGGCAGCAGGGAGCUCCCGCUUCUCUGCUAACGGCUGACAGGGAGCUGAUAGGUGGUUAUUUAAUUGGCGUAGAGGUUGUCACGGUGUCUUUGAUAGCAUCAGACCAGUGUAUCUUCCAUCGCAAUGGGGGGGAGGGGGGAGCGAAGGAUCUUCAUCGAGUUAACGCGGAAGCAGACACGAUCCUUUACCAUUAACAACAGUUGCUUCAACAUCACCUCCGUCGAGCCAGGUUGUUUUUGUCUCGAUAGAGCUUUGAAAAUCUCUUUAAUUCCGAUUAUGGUGUUAGGCUCGCACUUCUCUUCGGCAUCAGCGAGGGAGCACACCAUUUAAAAAUCAUUUUUUCCGCAACCAAAGAAGAAGGUUACAACUGAGCAGCAAGGUGAUCAGCAAUGUCGCUUCUCCUUCGUCGUCUUACGCCACAAAAACGCCAUCUCGUAGAGUGGGUAGUGGGAAGGACACAUGGCCUCUGUAUAUCAAUAAGAUGCUAGAAAAGUUGCUGCUUAACCACCAGUCUCCGACAUGUGGCUCAACUCUGUAUUCCACUGAAGGUUAUGGUAUACCAACAGCUUGUUUCAAAUGAUACGGUGUAAUAUGUCUUGGAAAAGUAGCGAAAGUGGCCACGGGGAAUAGGCAUCAACGCUCGCUGGAAAAGAUUUUUAGUUUAACAGGAAGAGGGUUGGAAGGCACUCAUUUUCAAGAGUCGGCAAGGCACACUAUAUUCACAACUCCCACGUAAGCAACAGUAGCAGUCAAGUAGGGCGGGAGUAUUUGGAGGAAUCGAAGCUGUCGAAAAGAACAACACAGACGACACAACGAACGUUCGUAAAAAAACUUUAAUUGCCAACGAUGUCCUACACGUCUGAUGGCACCGUCUUCGCCAUGGUCGAUUCUUUCGCGUUACACUUCCCUGCAGUUAAUGUUUUCCUCGUUAUACAUCAUUUACAUUUUAAGACAAAAAUCAGUGUUUGCAGGUGCCUGCUAUACAAAAACCAUUGGCAAAUAAAUCCAUAACGUCUCUAUCAACCAAGACUGAGAGAUUUGUUGUCAAUAUUGCAAGAAGUUGUUGUUGUAGAUGAGGAGGUUAGUGAGUCGACUUUGUGCCCAAAAAAACGGAGUACGAGGUGAAGUGAUUCUUUAUGUGUUGGAAAAGCGAUGGUAAAUAUGCAUUGUAUGCAGCAGCAAUUUGUCACAGUUAACAGGGUAAUCUCGUGCUUUUUGUGGCCUAAAUAUAAAAACAAGGGGAAAAAGAUGAGCAAGGGAAAGGAGCAAGACGAGAUAAAAUUUAUAAAGCUAAACGAGAAAAUAUAUACGUACUGCGACUGAGUUAAGUUGCAAGAUACUAAUCGCUAAAUUUCAUGUGGUAGUAAUGCGCAAGGCCGCCGAGCAAAAACUUGCACUGAUCACGUGACAUAAACUUGAACAACAGCAAUUUAUGCCCACGUGGUAGUUAAGUGGGGAGAACGUUGGAUUAUUUUCUUUAUUUUUUUUUUUUUUAUUAAACUUUUGUUUUGGCGGCAUUUACACUAAAAAUGAGCACUGAAAAAAUCAUUAAACAAGUAGAAUACUAUUUUAGUGAUGCAAACAUUGUGAGAGACAAUUUUCUUAAAGCACAGAUUGCCUCUAAUGAAGGAGGCUUCGUUCCAGUAACUGUUUUGGUUACUUUUAAACGCCUCGCGCAAAUUUCUGACGACGUCGACGUAAUUUUUAAUGCUUUGAAGUCUUACGCUUCAGAAGUUUAUGAGGUUGAUGAAGAAUCUAAAAGCGUUAGGAGGAAGCAUAGCUUACCUGAAAAUUAUUCAGAAUAUGGGAGGGCUAUAUUUGCUAAUGGAUUUCCUAAGGAAUAUUCUCUUGAAGAUUUGGAAAAGUUCUGGUUUGCCCGCUCCUCAGCAAUUACUCUUGUUAAAGUUUUAAAGCCUAGAAGCAAAAAACCGUCUCAGCAAGUUGACUGUUACGUUGUAUUUACUUCUGAAGAAGAAUGCCAGAAAGCCAUACAGGAAAAACUUUUUGUGAAUGAUAAGGAAAUUCAAGUGAAUCUCAAAGUGGAAAAACCUAAAUAUAAUGAAGAAAAUGUUCUUGAAGAAGAGCCGUUUAAAAAAGGUUCCUGUCUUGCCUUGUCUGGACUUGACGCAUCGUUGCAUCCGUUGAAUGUUAAGAGAAUUCUCACAGUAGAAUGUUCUUUUCUUCCUUCUUUUGUUGAAAAGAAAAAUUCUGGAGAGUUUCUUGUACGUUUUGCUGAUGCCGUUGCGCUUCAGGUCGCUGAAGAAAUACAAACAAAAGAAAUUAAAUUUAAAGAUGGAGUUCCUCAAGUUCGUGUAUUAGAAGGAGAAGAAGAGAAAAGUUAUCUUCAAGAAUCUUAUAAAGCGAAAUGCGAGCAUCUUGCUAAGAGUAAAAAUUUGAAAGGUAAAAGAAAAAAGAAAGUGGAUGGAAAAGGUAAAAGUAAAUUAAGGAAAAGUGGAACUGAAAGUGGUUUUGAAAAUGAUAACAGCGAAGCUGAAAUUAGCAAAGCUAUUAAAUCUACUGAAGAUGGCCAUCCUGAAGAUUUUAAGAUACCUGAAAAAGUUAGUACGGAGGAAAUCAACUACACACUGUCCGUGCUCAUCAGCAUAGGUCUCAAGGAUGUGGCCAUUCGAGUUAUCGGCUCAGCAGAAGAGGCCCUCCCAGGGAUAGCGUCUAAUCGGAGGGCGCAAGUAGCUUCCAAGGGGAAUAGGUGUCGAAUGUGGCGGCGCGUCUUUGGCUUAGAAACCGUUGCAAACAGAUUCCAGCCUUUCACAGUUUUAAGCAUGCUGGAUAACUUCGUUGUUAAUAUUGCUAAUAUCUGCCGUAUUGUCGGCUGCGACUGUUCAGCUUCCGCAGUAAAGAGGUCCCUGGGUAACAGUAUUGCUUGUAGUUGCGCCGACGAAGUAAACUUUGAGGACUGA